ACCGAAUUGUUCCUGGCCGCUGUGGCUAAGCAGGUGGACGACCGUGCCAAAGGAAAUAUGUAUCAUCUGGAAUCUUACACCACCCUGAGGCGAGAUCUAGUCGGGGUUAAGCCCUGCUUUGCCCUCAUCGAAUUCGUAGCUGGUAUUGACCUUCCCGACGAAGUCGUGUCGCAUCCAGUUGUCAAGGCCUUGGAGGACGCGACCAACGAUCAUGUUGCUUGGGCUGACGAUAUUUUGUCAUACAACAAGGAGCAAUCUCGUGGUGACGAACACUGGGAAAACAUAGUUGCUGUGCUCAUGCACGAUCGAGGACUAGACCUGCAAAGCGCCAUGGACUAUGCUGGCCAGAUGUGCAAAGAUGCCAUCCGGCGCUUUGAAUCAAACCGUUCUAUCCUCCCUUCGUGGGGAGAAGAGGUUGACAGGCAGGUGGCUAUCUACGUCGAAGGGCUGCAGAACUGGAUGAUCGGAUCACUUCACUGGCAUUUUGAUACCGUCCGCUAUUUUGGCAAGGAUGGACAUGCUGUCAAGCGGGACCGAAUCGUCAAGCUUCUUCCCAAGAGGUCCUCGUAG